CGGGGCAGCUGCGCAACCCGCAGGGCGCCCCCGAUGCGGAAAGGCCUCUUCCUCCCGGCCCCCGAGGCGCUCCGAGGGCGGGGGUAGCGGCGCCGAGCUGGCCGCGGAGAAUGGAGUUGCCCGGGGCCAGCCCGGCCGCGCUGCCCCCCACGGAGCCGGGCCGGGAGCGCCUCCGGCGGCUGCAACGGGUGGCCACAGGCCGGACUGACAUUGCCAUGGGAGGAGAGGUGCGCAUGCUGCUACUGCUGGGCCUGCUGCAUUGGGUUGGGGGCAGCGAGGGCAGGAAGACCUGGAGGCGCCGUGGCCAGCAGCCACCCCAGCCGCCGCCUCCGCCACCGCUACCGCAGCGGGCUGAGGUGGAGCCGGGCGCCGGGCAACCGGUGGAGAGCUUCCCGCUGGACUUCACGGCAGUGGAGGGCAACAUGGACAGCUUUAUGGCGCAAGUCAAGAGCCUGGCACAGUCCCUGUAUCCCUGCUCUGCGCAGCAGCUCAAUGAGGACCUGCGCCUUCACCUCCUGCUGAACACGUCGGUGACCUGCAAUGACGGCAGCCCCGCCGGCUACUAUUUGAAGGAGUCCAAGGGCAGUCGGCGGUGGUUACUCUUUCUGGAAGGCGGCUGGUAUUGCUUCAACCGGGAGAACUGUGAUUCCAGAUACAGCACUAUGCGGCGCCUCAUGAGCUCCAAAGACUGGCCACACACACGCACAGGUACUGGUAUUCUAUCCUCCCAGCCAGAGGAGAACCCUCACUGGUGGAAUGCCAAUAUGGUCUUCAUCCCCUACUGCUCCAGUGACGUUUGGAGUGGGGCUUCACCCAAGUCUGACAAGAAUGAAUAUGCCUUCAUGGGCUCCCUCAUCAUCCAGGAGGUGGUACGGGAGCUCCUGGGCAAAGGGCUGAGCGGGGCAAAGGUGCUGCUGUUGGCCGGGAGCAGCGCUGGGGGCACCGGGGUGCUGUUGAAUGUAGACCGCGUGGCUGAGCUGCUGGAGGAGUUGGGCUACCCAUCUAUCCAGGUGCGGGGCCUGGCUGACUCAGGCUGGUUCCUGGACAACAAGCAGUACCGGCGAUCAGACUGCAUUGAUACUAUCAACUGUGCACCCACAGACGCCAUCCGCCGUGGCAUCAGGUACUGGAGUGGGAUGGUCCCAGAGCGUUGCCAGCGCCAGUUCAAGGAAGGAGAGGAAUGGAAUUGCUUCUUUGGCUACAAAGUAUAUCCGACUCUGCGCUGUCCGGUGUUCGUGGUACAGUGGCUUUUCGAUGAGGCCCAGCUUACCGUGGAUAAUGUGCAUCUCACUGGACAGCCGGUUCAGGAAGGCCAGUGGCUAUACAUCCAGAAUCUGGGCCGAGAACUGCGUGGUACACUCAAGGAUGUGCAGGCCAGCUUUGCCCCCGCCUGCCUGUCUCAUGAGAUCAUCAUACGGAGCUAUUGGACGGACGUCCAGGUGAAGGGGACCUCACUGCCCAGGGCACUGCACUGCUGGGACCGGAGCUUCCAUGACAGCCAUAAGGCCAGCAAAACCCCCAUGAAGGGCUGCCCUUUCCACCUGGUAGACAGCUGCCCCUGGCCCCACUGCAAUCCCUCAUGCCCUACCAUCCGGGACCAGUUCACAGGGCAAGAGAUGAACGUGGCACAGUUCCUUAUGCACAUGGGCUUCGAUGUGCAGACGGUGGCUCAGCAGCAGGGGAUGGAGCCCAGCAAGCUGCUAGGGAUGCUGAGUAAUGGGAACUAGAGGGCGUGGUACUGAGGGGCUGGCCUGCAGAGAAGGUGAUACUGAGGGGAUGGCCCACUUGCUGCCCCAGGGUGACUCACCUCCACUUCUAGGUCCUUCUGCCUCUCCCAGGACCCACCUGGGUGUGGAUGCCUGACUGCCUAUUCUCUCCCACUGCAGGCUAGAGGAGUGGUCUGACCUUCAGGGACCCUUCCCAUCCUGUAUCUGUUUCCCUAGCCCCCCAGCCCAGCUUGGGGAGGGAGCCAGCAGCAAAGCAUGCACUGGAUCCCUGAGCCAGUCAGCCCAGACAGUCCCUCCCAGCCCCCACUGAUCAUGUCCGUUUGUAUUAUUUUAUAAAGUGACUUUUUUAUUACUUUAAUUUUUAAAAAAAUGGAAAUUAAGAAAUAUAUGAUGGAUGAUAUUGUUUUGUAACAUAUUUUUUCUUAAUAAUUAAAAACAACAACAACAACAAAAAAACAAAUCCAGAAGCUCACCCUGAGCCUUGUCUGUUUGAAAAGCCAGUCUACUUAUACUGCAUGCGUUCCUAGGACAGCGUGGGACCUGAAAAGGGAACAGAGGGACUCUAACCUCUGGUGCCUUCUUGGAUGUUUGGGAACCCCUACUUCACAUGUUAGCCCCCUUCUUAAGGAGGCCUCAUUCAUUCAUUCAUUCAUUCAUUCACUCAGCAG